CAGCGAAGCUCCUCUUCAUAAAAACCAAGCUUCAGGCACACGGUCUUGAUUUCUUCCCCAAAAGCAAAAGCUCUUGCCUUCCGUUCUUCGCAGAAUGUUUGGUUUUUCGUACGGCGAGCUCUUCCUCUUGAUCGGAGCCACCGCUGCUUUAGUCGGACCAAAGGAUUUGCCUAGGAUUGCAAGAAUGGCGGGGCGGUUAGCGGGUCGGUCAAUCGGGUAUGUCCAGUUAGCUCGGGGCCAAUUCGACAAUGUAAUGCAGCAAUCGCAGGCUCGCCAGGUUCAAAAGGAACUUCAAGAUGCGCUUGCACAGUUAGAUUCGAUUCGUUAUGAAGUACGAAGUCUGUCGCUUAUAAACCCCGGUCCUAUGACUCGAAAGCUGAUGGAAAAUGCUGAGGAACUAGCCGCUCCACGUAAUGGGGCCGACAGUUCAAUCGAGAAUACUAAGGAGGAAGUGAAGUUGACGACUAGUGUGACCAAGGAUAAUAUUAACUUCAGAACAUCAGAAUCACUUAAUUUGCAUACACAAGCCACUGCAUAUGCUAAAUUGGCUGAAUCUGCUGCUGUGAAAACUGGCUCUUUGAAAAGUAAUGAAGAGAAAGAGAGCCUUAUUGAUGAAAAUGGCCUUUUCACUGUUCUCCCAAUUUCAGCUGAAAGCACCGGAAUGCUACCAAAACGCAAGGAAAACGUUGAAGGAUCGGACAUUGUGUUGGAAGCAGUGCUUGAAGCAGAGGUAGCACGUAACGCCAAAGAUUUCUUUUCACAGCCUGAAAAUCAAAUACAAUGAACAGAAAAGCUACUGGGAUCAAUGAGAAUUGCUACAAAAAAGAGAGAGAGAGAGAGAGAGAGAGAGAGAGAAAAAAUGAUGGCAGUAGAGAAAUUUUGUUCACAUUUUAAAUUGCUGGUCUGUUUAUGUCUUGGGAUAUUUAUGGCGCAGGGGAUUGGAGAAGGACUAUAUAAUAUGUGAAACUUGUUUUUGGCUGUGAUAUUCAACACAUUGUAAAAAUUCUAGCUUGAUUUCUGUGAUUAACUGUUUGGGUUUAGUACUUUUCUUACAUUUAGCUGUGAAAACCUUAUACAACCUGCAGCUUUAUUUGCUUAUGAAGACUGUACAAUUAGUACUGUCACAUGUAAUUAUAGCACCAUUGUCUGUCAAGUUUAAGUGAAAUGACAAAGAUAGAUUGUCUUGUGUAACUUGUAACUGUUGUAAGACAGAAAAACAGUUGAAGCAUAAAUCAGUGAUGUUGAACUA